AUGAAUAAAAUUGUGUUGCCAACUGCAUUAUCUGGAAUAGCAGCAUCAAAUCUCCCUUCAGGCAGAACAGCUUAUUCAAGAUUUAAAAUACCAGUUGAUCAUAAGAGUUGUUUUACAUGUGAUGUGCCAAAACAAAGUAGUUUAGCACAUUUAAUAAAAGAGACAACUUUGAUUAUCUGGGAUGAGGCUUCUAUGACCAACAAGGCGAAUUUACAGGCCCUUGAUUUGCUGUUACAAGAUAUCUGUGAAAAUACAACACUUUUUGGUGGUAAGCUUAUCAUUUUUGGCGGAGAUUUUAGACAGGUUCUACCAAUUGUACCUCAAAAGACCUUAAGACAAGCUGUUGAAUCAAGCAUUAUCGCUUCAUAUAUCUGGCCAUCUCUGAAAAGAUUUAAAUUAACAGAAAAUCAGCGAGCUCGUGAAGAUCUUGCAUUCUGUUCGUUUUUGUUAUCUCUUGGCAACGGUGAAUAA